AUGACCGGAGGAGAAGACAGAUUUGGAAGUGAUUAUCUUGGAUUACUUGUAGAGGCUCAACAUGAUGCCAAUGACAACCAGAGGAUUUUGGUGGAAGAAGUUGUUGGUGAUUGCAAGACGUUUUACAUGUCCGGACAAGAAACUACUACUACUUUGCUUUCUUGGACUGUCUUACUUCUGGCAGUCCAUACAGAUUGGCAAGAGGAAGCAAGAAAGGAGAUGAGUAUGAUCAUUAAUGAGUCUCUAUGGUUAUAUCCGCCGCCUGUUUCUAUUAUAAGGAAAGUUGAAAGGGAAGUUAGACUGGGAAAGCUCACUCUUCCUCCUAAUCUUGAUUUGGGACAGGAUGUGCAUCUUUUCAAACCAGAGAGAUUCUCGGAAGGGGUUGCUAAAGCAACUAACAACAACAUUGGUGCAUUUAUACCAUUUGGAUUGGGACCUCGAACUUGUGUGGGCAUGAACUUUGGCAUUACUGAAGCAAAGAUUGCUUUGUCAAUGAUUCUAAAACGCUACUCAUUCACCCUUUCCCCGGGUUAUGUUCACUUUCCCUUGCAUUAUCUUACAGUUCGGCCACAACAUGGAGUUCAGUUGGAGGCUGCAUUGCAUAGCUUUGUGUAA